GUUAAGGCUCCGGGCCGGAGAGUACGUGUCUGAGGGGGAGGAGAAGGUGGCGGCGGGGCCGGUGCGGAGCAGCCGAGCGCCGCGGGGAGGGGUGUCCGCUCCAGCGCGUCAGGGUUUUUAAUCCGAUUCCGGCCGGUCCGGAUUUUAUUGGGAGCGGGUUUUAAAGCGCCUGUCGUCCCUCUCGCCUCAGAGGACGGGGCAGCAUGUCCGAAGCGGAGCAGCAGUUGGCGGCCGCCGCCGGCGCCACCCAGAACGGGCACGAAGCGGCCGAAAGCGCCGGAGAACAGCAGGCCGAAACCGGCGGGGCUCCGGCGGCGGCGGGCGCAGCGGCAGCGGCGGCGGCGGCGACGGCGGGAACGGCAGCGGGAGCUGGACCGGCGGCGGGAACAGCGGGGACGGCCGCCAGCCAGAACGGAGCCGAAGGCGACCAGAUCAACGCCAGCAAGAACGAGGAGGACGCGGGGAAGAUGUUCGUUGGUGGCCUCAGCUGGGAUACAAGCAAAAAAGACUUGAAAGAUUACUUCACCAAAUUUGGUGAGGUAACUGACUGUACGAUAAAGAUGGACCCUAACACAGGAAGAUCCAGAGGCUUUGGAUUUAUUCUCUUCAAAGAACCUGGGAGUGUUGAAAAGGUUCUGGAACAGAAAGAACACAGGCUAGAUGGACGACUAAUUGACCCCAAGAAGGCCAUGGCAAUGAAAAAGGAUCCAGUGAAGAAAAUAUUUGUUGGUGGACUAAACCCAGAAGCCACAGAAGAGAAAAUCAGGGAAUACUUUGGAGAGUUUGGAGAGAUUGAAGCAAUUGAACUUCCAAUGGAUCCGAAGACCAACAAAAGGAGGGGGUUUGUGUUCAUCACUUUCAAGGAAGAGGAUCCAGUGAAGAAGGUUUUGGAGAAGAAAUUCCAUAACGUCAGUGGAAGCAAGUGCGAGAUUAAGGUAGCACAGCCAAAAGAAGUAUACCAGCAGCAACAGUUCAGUAGUGGUGGAGGAAGAGGUAGCUAUGGAGGAAGAGGCAGAGGUGGAAGAGGCGGCGCUCAAAGUCAAAAUUGGAAUCAAGGUUAUGGCAAUUACUGGAACCAGGGUUAUGGGAAUCAAGGAUACGGCUAUCAGCAAGGUUAUGGUGGCUAUGGAGGCUAUGAUUAUUCAGGAUAUGGGUAUUAUGGAUAUGGACCAGGCUAUGAUUACAGUCAAGGCAGUGCAAAUUAUGGGAAGACACCAAGACGUGGUGGUCAUCAGAAUAACUACAAGCCAUAUUGAUCAAACUUAUUCAGGCCUGGCAGUGGUCACAGUUGAUGCCUACAAGCACUGGAUAUUCCACAAGUUGAAGACGGAAUACUGACUUGUUUACCUGAAGAUAAUAGGACUUCGGGGUAUUUCCUCAGAGAAAAUAUAAAUUUUAAUAUAAUUUCAUAAGCUUUGGAGGUUAGCUUGUCUUGUAGCUUCAGUGAUAUCAAACUUCUUCAAGUAGGAGCUAGAUAGAAAGCUGUUUAGUUUUUGCCAGCGUAUGUAAAACAAGACUUUUCUAUCUGCAUUGUAGAUUGUUUGUGGACACUUCCAGAUUCUUGUGCUUUCUGCAGUCAUUCUGGGGACUGAACUCUCAUUGAUACUGAUAGAGGUUCCAUGAACAGGACACGUGCAGGAAUUUGAGUGUAGAAGCCCACAGUGUGGUUUGGAGUAGUGAAUCGCUUUUAGUUUGGAAAUGACUGGGGGAGAUGGGAAGAGCAGCUGUACAUUAAGGGAACAAUUACAGAUCAUCUUCCCGGUGACAUCAAUGAGAGACUUGCCUUCAACCUUCCACAGAAGAAGAUUUUUAGCUUUAAUUUGGGGCAGUAAAGGGGUUUUUCAAAAGCACUAAAAGCCACUGGGAGCUUGUUCAACUGCUCCUUAUGCCUUUAAAAACCCCUACACCAAAAGUGAUAGCUAACAACCUGAAAUGGAAGUAAAUAAAAUGCAUUGUCAUUGCUGUUUUGAGUUACAUAA